CCAUUUAUGCAGUCAACAUUUAGUAGAUGAGCGGGUUAUAGUUAUAAUAGUAAAACCACAUUCAAACACAAGAUUUCCCUCGCCUUCUUCCCUGCUCCACCACAACCGACUCUUCCCUGACCCACUCGCCUCCCCAGCUCCGGCCAAAACCCUGAAAACCCCCCGCCCCUGCGACCCCAAAUCACUACAAGAAUCAAACUUCAAAAGAAUAAGGGAUAUUUAGCUAAUAAAUCGAUGAGCUAUAUAUAGGCAGAUAAUAUCAGACAACAGGGCAGGCAGCGAAGUUAUUUAGAACCAGAAUCCGAUGACAAAGCGAGAAAAGAGUUCUGCAACUGAAGGAGACUUUUUGGGAUUUUCUCAUUUUCAAAAUUCAAACCACUCUCGUUCGUAAGCGCGAUUUCGAAGGCCAUAAGAAAAAAAUAAAAAUGAUACCAAAGAGGGCCGAAACCCCAUAUUCUAUGUUCUCAAAGUCAUGCUCUGGAACUUCUGCAAACCCUAUUGUUGGGCUUGCUCAGUUGGUGCUCGUGAAUUGCUGAAAAAGACGAUGAGGGGCAUUGGGGUGAAAAGCAGAAUCCUCCUACUGAUUGACUUAAGCGAAAACAUUACUUCAUUGUGUGAUAUUUAAAGAGGAAGAGUGGAUGUAUUAUAUUUCCAGAUUAAAAGUCUCUUGGAGGAAACCCUUAGCUUCAUAUGCCAGGGUGCCUUUGUUUAUGCUUUCAUCCCAUUGUGUUCUUCGGGCCAGCGGAAGUAGGUCAGAAACAGUCAAUGACCUUUCAUAUAAAAUCUCUAGUUUGAUUGGCCAAUCAAAUUGGGAAGAUAACAAGUUCUUGAAGUCAUUGGUUUCUCAUUUAAGCCCUGAUGUAGCUUCCAAGGUUAUAGAGCUUCAGGGGGCUAACGUUGAACGCGCAGUUCAGUUUUUCAAGUGGGUCUGCAAGCAAUCCACUUAUUGCUAUGAUUUGGAGAACAGGAUCAGCUUAUUGAAAUCAUUAGUUUCAGCUAAUCUGUUUUCUAUUGCACAAAAGGCGAUAAUGACAACACUUAAUGGUUGUGGUAUUGGAGAAGAGGAGAUUGUUAAGCUAAUAUGUGCAUUUGAUGAUAUGCGUAAGAUGGGGUUUCGGCUAAGCUAUCCUUGUUAUAGCACACUCUUGAUGACCUUAGCUAAGUUGAAUAUGGGUGUCCCGGCAUUUUCUAUUUAUUCAAGAAUGUUGGUUGAUGGGUUUGUUCCUGAUUUUAUUGUUUACAAGACCAUGAUCAAUGCCCUUUGCAAGAGUGGGUUUGUACAAGCAGCUGAAAUGUUCUUCUCUAGGGUUUUGAGGCUUGGAUUUGAUCUUGAUACUCAUGUUUACACUUCCUUGGUGUUGGGAAAUUGUAGGAAAAAUGAUCUUCCUGAGGCAUUUCGGGUAUUUGAGCUGAUGUCUAAGGACGAAGGUUGUAGUGCCAAUUCUGUUACUUACUCAAUACUGAUAUAUGGUCUGUGUGAAGUAGGUAAGAUUCGAGAAGCUUUUCAAUUGCAGCAAGAAAUGAUGAUAAAAGGCUUGACACCAACUACUCAUACUUACACCAUCCUUAUCAAGGCAAUGUGUGAUAAUGGGUCAAUUUAUAAGGCUUUAAGUUUGUUUGAUGAGAUGAGUGGAAGAGGAUGUAAGCCAAACUUUCACACUUAUACCAUAUUAAUUGAUAUAUUAUGCAGAGAUGGGAAACUUGAUGGAGCCAGAGAGAUGUUUAAAAGGAUGCUAGAAGAUGGUGUAUUUCCUAGUGCAAUAACCUUCAACGCACUGAUCAAUGGCUAUUGCAAAGAAGGGCAGGUUGUGCCUGCCUUUGAACUUCUUAAUAUGAUGGAGAAAAGGAAUUGCAAGCCUAACAUCCGAACUUAUAAUGAGCUCAUUGAGGGGUUGUGCAGAAUUCAUAUGUCCCACAAAGCAUUGUUGCUAUUAACAAUGGUAAUUGAUAAUGGGUUGAUGCCCAAUACAAUAACCUACAACAUUCUUGUUGAUGGAUUCUGUAGGGAAGGUCAUCUUGAUAUGGCUUUUAAUAUAUUUAAUUUGAUGAACUCAGUUGGCCUUGGACCUGAUAGUUUUACUUUCACUGCUCUCAUUUAUGAGUUCUGCAAGCAAGGAAAGUUGGAGCUAGCAAAUGGGCUUUUAUGUAUAAUGUCAAAGAGGGGAAUAUAUCCGGAUGAAGUGACAUAUACUGUCCUAAUUGACAGGUAUUGCAAGAUUGGUAAAAUUGCGACUGCAUUUAUGAUUCUUAAAGAAAUGGUCAAGAACAGAUGUGCACCAACUUUUCACACAUUUAAUUCAUUUCUUGAUGCUCUCAGCAAAGAAAACAUGCUACUUGAAGAACAUGCAGUGUUUGGGAAGAUGCUUAAGUAUGGUUUAGUUCCUUCAGUAGUCACUUACACCAUUUUGAUUAAUGGGCAUUGUCAUGCAGGUGAUAUUACCUCUUCUUUCAAAGUGUUGGAGCUUAUGAAGCUGGUUGGAUGUCAUCCAAAUGUCUAUACUUAUACCGUUUUGAUUGAUGGUCUUUGCAGAAACGGAAGAGUGGAUGAAGCAGAGAUGUUUCUGUUUGGUAUGGCUAGUUCUGGAGUGUUUCCAAAUCGUGUGACAUACACUGUAUUACUGAAAGCACAUCUUAAGGCUGGAAGAUUGGACCGUGCAUUUGACAUUCUAAGUGUCAUGAUCAAAGAUGGCUGGCAGCCCAAUUAUAAUACCUAUUAUGCACUAUUGAAGAGCCUGCAUUCGUCUGUCAAGGGUGUUGAGGUAAAUGGAGCAAGUCCUAACCCUGUUUUUGAUACUGGGUCAUUAGCUUUGGAAGAGAAUUAUGAUGACCGGUUCUCCAAUCAUGUCUUCAGGGAAAUUGACAUAGAAGAUGCUUUUAAACUUAGAGAUAAACUUGAGAAAUGUGGUGGGCUUACUGCAGAUAUGUAUAAUAUUGUUAUUAUAGGCUUUUGGAAGGAAGGAAGAAUUGCUGAAGCCGAUCGUCUUACCCAAGAUAUGUUGAAGCAGGGUCUUUUUCCUGACAAAUCUGUUUGUUCAUCUCUUAUUGAACACCACUGUAGGGAGUGCAAAUUUGAUUAUUGCCUUGAAAUAUUAAAUCAAAUUCUUGGCAGUGGUUGUACUCUAUCGUUGUCAUCUUGCAAUCCUUUGAUUGAGGGACUUUGUAACCAAGGGAAGGUCCAAGAGGCACAAAAACUGAUUUCGGACAUCUUGAAACAUAACGUUGACAGUGGCAUCGCAUUUUCACCAAGUAUAGAAUUCCUAUUGAAGAGAGAUGAGCCUAAUGGAUGUUUUGAACUAUUAAAACAAAUUGAGCAACUGCAUCAAAAUGAGAGGCCAAAAGUUUAGUGCGUACUCUAUUGUCUAUCCACAGCAGUCUUUGGGGUUUACAGGAUGCAAUGAAUAGCAUGGAUUUUAAAGCUUGAAUGGUGUGCUGCAUUAACUUUUAUUUAGUACUUUGUCCUUCUGAAUUUAUGUGAAGGUAUAGAAUACACUGAAAGCGACCUUACUGAAGCAUAUCCUCUUUCAUACCAUAAAUGACCUGUCUGAUGAUUAAUUCCAUUCUGUUUGUAGAUGUCUACUUGUGUGGAUAAUAUCCCAAUGUAAUAAUAAUGUCUAGUUUGAAAGCGAAAAACUUGCAGAUUGGAAAGAAAAGUGGAGUCAAUAUAACUUUAGGUGUUUGUUCCUUCUCAGUGAUGGCACUGAAAGCGACCACACUGAGCCUUAUUCUCUUUCAUACCACGUCCUGUCAUGAUUAAUUCCAUUCUGAUCGUAGAUGACUGCUUGGGUGGAGAAUAUCCCAAUGUAAUAAUAGUGAGUAGUAUCUUAACCUUCUAGUUUGAAACUAGUGAAGAACUUGCUGACUGGAAGCUUAAAAAUGGAGUCAAUAUAACUUUUGUUUGUUCCUUCUCAGAGAUGGUCCAGUGUGUAAACUAUGUUGAUUAAUGAAUUGUUAGACCACAGCAGUGGUGUGUGGGAAAGUAGAUUGCUAUGGUUCAUGGAUUUAAUGCCUAUUACAAAUAUAUUCUUGUGCACUAAAAAAUAAAUAACUAACUGGUUUGUUCUAUGGAUAUUUGAUGCAGUAGCUUAAACAAUUUAUUUUGGUUGAAGCAGUAGCCUAAACAAUUGAGUGGUGUUAGAGUCGCUCAACGAUAGGAAUCAGUAGGAGUAUUGAGUCAAGUUUCAAGUCUAUUUUAGUGUCAGUAUUAGAAUCCCAUUAGGAGCUCCCCUCCCCGCCCUCCUCCCCGGGUGCCUCUUUUCUAUAUAGGAAUGUAAUACCAUCAUGGAGAAUGGAUUGAAUGGAUUGAAGUGAAUUUUUUUGGCUGCUUCCCGAACUUUCUGGUGUUCUUCUUUCUUGUGUCCUUUUUACUCAAAAUGGGUCUGAGAUAUUGUUCAUAGGUUUGAAUUCCUUUCCCAUCUCCUGAUGCUGUUCUUCUGUGCUUUUUCUUUUUUUGGAUGAAUAUCUGUGCUUUCUUAUUCCUUUGUGUUCCUUAAGCUUCUCAUUCCUUUCUUAGUGUUAUUUUUUAUUUUAUUUUUUUCGGCAACUGUUUACCAAACUGAAUUGAGAAAGAAGUGAUCAAUCCCACUCACGAUAAAUACUUUUGGUCUGAAUCUUUGGGAGAAAAAUACUCUGCCGUAGUUAAUCUGAUUCAUGCUGUAAGUUAUUAGCCUGAGAUCAAGCCUGAUUUCUCUUCUACGCCUGGGUUGGUUUCAGGUAAAAUUUAUUACUUUCCUGGUUGGUUAUUUGGACUGUUUCUGAUUGCGUUCAGAAGGGCUAGCAGUUGUGAUCUAGCACCUGGAAUUUCAGGUCAAUCAAAUGUUUGUAUGAGAGAGCCCUCUCAUUCAAAAUAGGUCCUACUUUACCGCUAGUUGCUGUUACGAUCCUAAGGUUGAAGAAGGACUUCUCCCAUUUACAACUAAGGACAGUUCCCUCCUAAUUACACAACAGCCCUUGACCUUAACUUUUGUUUUAUUUUGUCCCCUAAUUCACUUUGGAAUACCAGAUUUGUCCUUUAAUUUGAUUACUGCUACAUCCUUGAUUCUGCUUCUUGCUCAAAGGGGUUCCUGGAUAAAAUUAGGAAAUUCCCAUUGUUCCUUAGCAUUAUCACUUGUGGGUCCAUAGCGAUGCAAAUUUAAGGGUUUUGGAACCUGGGAUUGUAUCAAUAUCCUUAGAGUAAAGAGUGCUUGUAAGUUUAUCAUGUUUAAUUGUCAGAUAUUAUGGCUGGUAGACUGUCAGUUGUUCUCAAUCAACUCUCAGAAUGGAUUCAAGGAUUGCCAUUGGAUUAUUGGAUUCUAUGAGUCAUGUUUGUACUCAGUUGUCAAAGGAGUUGGAUACUUAAGUGUCAAAUGCACUUUUCACACAAAACACAGAUAUUAUUUUUCAAACUGGAAAAGAAAUGCAGAUAAUAUUUAUCAAGUAUCUUUUUUACAUCAGUUACCUUUUGUCAUGCUACUUCUCAUACUUACUGUGUAGUUUUUGUGCAUACAAGCACUAAAGACUCAAUCUAAUUUUGUUUUCCUAUGUAAACUGAAGCUUUUGAAAUACAUUUGUUGAUAUAUUUGAUCAACUUCUGGACCAGCAUAAAUGGCAUUUUGUCCAAGUUGUGUGCAAUAACACGUUUUAUGUGUAUGUCUCUUCAAAUUUUAUGUUUAUGUCUCUUCAGUUCUUUAACCUGAAAGCAAGUUUGUGAGAAAGUUUUGAUCAUGUAAAAC